AUGGGUGGUCAGCAGUCCGCAGCGAAGGCCCUGCAGUCUGCAAACCAAGGAGAUGCCACGAGUUCCAGCCAUGGGAAGGGUCGUGCGGCAAACAAUCAGGUGCAGCUCGCAGUGAGCCCACUCGGGGGAGUUCCCGGAGCAACAGCAUAUCAUUCCUCCGUGAUCGUCAACGGGGAUGAAUACUUUUUCAGCGAUGGCGGCAUCUCCUUCGGAAGCGGGCUGCAGUCGCACAAGAAUCCCCAGAACCCAGACUCGAAGCCCGAGGUGUUUGACAUGGGCAUGUCCCCAUACACGGGCACGCAGAUGAAGUCAGCGCUGGAACGCUUCUUCCACUCCGGCACGUAUGACUUGCUUCGCAAGAACUGCAAUUCGUUUUCCGACUGCGCUCUUUUCUACCUUCUUCACAAGCGACUGGACAAGAAGUACCGGGCAAUGGAGAAGCUAGAUCGGGCCUUGCUCGUAGAUAUGGAUGGCUACUCGAGCAAGAAGCGCGCAGAGGACGGGAUAUGUCGUCUCAGCUUGGAUGCGCCGCAUAGGCUGCAGCAGCGGUCGAUCUCUGCUUCGAAGCUGGAGAGCAUGAAGCAGGAGGCCGAGAUGGCGAAAGAGUGGGGCAAGCAGGUGAAAGCAGAGCUGCAUCUUCAGCAAGGAAAUGCCAAAGCACUGCAGAAGGACACACUGGCCAGCCGCUCCUGGGGUGGCCCCAAGUACAGGCACGUGCCUCCGCAAGAUGGGCAGAGCGCCGAUUACCAGAAGAGUAUGCGCAAAAUGCAGAGCAUUGCCAGCGAGAUUUCGACAAAGCAGGCAAGCGUAGACAAAGCCAUGCAGGAGGACCAUAGGAUGGUGAGGAAUACUCGGGCCGAUACGAGUGUCCAUUCCUUGGCAGCCUGGUUGGAAAAGUAUGGCAAGCCUAGCCGCCAGCCUGAGCACCAGGAGCGAUUUCGCACAACUCCUUUCAAGCAGCGGAGGAUCCCGUUCCUGGGCAUCUCAGAAGCCAAGACACUUCGUCUUGGGGCAGGCAUCUGGUCACAAAGAAGCGAGACAGACCUUCUUGGCACCUACAACUUCCGAAGUGUGGGACGUUGA